UCGGCAGCCGACGGGACGCGGCGGCGGCGGCGCUGCUCUCCUUUUGUGUUCGCACUCGGCGGCGGCCUGUCGGUGUUCCCGGCGCGUGCUUGGGCCCGUUAGCAGUGCGCUGUCCGUGAGGGGCCAUGGCGGCGGCAGGGGCGAGCGCGGGCGUGGAGGCGGGCUUCUCCAGCGAGGAGCUGCUGUCGCUCCGCUUCCCGCUGCACCGCGCCUGCCGCGACGGGGACCUGGCCGCGCUCUGCUCGCUGCUGCAGCAGACGCCCUGCGCCCACCUGGCCGCCGAGGACUCCUUCUACGGCUGGACGCCCGUGCACUGGGCCGCGCACUUCGGCAAGCUGGAGUGCCUGGUCCAGCUGGUGAGAGCUGGAGCCACGCUGAACGUGUGUACCACGCGCUUUGCCCAGACCCCGGCCCACAGCGCAGCCUUCGGGGGACACCCGCAGUGCCUGGUGUGGCUCAUCCAAGCCGGAGCCAACGUUAACAAACCAGACUGUGAAGGUGAGACUCCCAUUCACAAGGCAGCCCGCUCCGGCAGCCUGGACUGCCUCAGCGCCCUGGCAGCCAACGGGGCGCGCAUCGACCUGAGAAACGCCAGCGGUCUGACGGCAGCCGAGAUUGCCCACACCCAGGGCUUCCAGGAGUGCACCCAGUUCCUUCUGAGCCUCCAGAACCAGCCCCUGAGCGGCUUCUGCCCUGGUAGCCCCUUCCACGGGGGACCCCAGGACCUGUUCCCCAACCUCGUCGGGGCAGGAGCACAUCGAAAGAGAUGCUUAGAAGAUGCGGAGCCCUCAGGAGCCAAGAAGGCCAGGACAGAAGCCCCCAGCCUGGACUGCGCCAUGCCGCUGGCGAACGGCGAAGCCGAUGAGGACGCUGGCGGGAUGCACGUGGACUCGGAGAGCGCCGCCCUGACAGAUGGGAAAACCAGUAGCUCCAUGUCGAGUGUGUUGGCUAAUGGAGGUGUCAUCAACGGACACUCAGACUUCACCUGCACAGCCCAGCUCGGUGGCCUGGAGAGCAGGAGUGACACGUGCCUGGCCCCAGGCCGGCCACUGCCCGGCAGGCAGGGCGCCCUGUGCACCGGCGGGACCGAGGAGCCAGAGAAGACGGCGGGCGCUGGAGGCCCUGAGCUCUGUGGGUCCCUGCACCUCAACGGCAGCCCCAGCAGCUGUGUGGCCAGUCGGCCGUCGUGGGCCGAUGAGCUCGGGGAGAGCCUGCACUACGGACACUACCACGGCUUUGGGGACACAGCCGAGAGCCUGCCGGAGCUCAGCAGCCUGCUGGAGCACUCAAGCUCCGUGAAGGUGGAGCAGCGCUAUGACAGUGCCAUCCUGGGCACCAUGCACCUCUACCACGGCUCCUAGGGGCUCAGUUGCUCCUGCGUCCUCUGCCUUCGCGGAGGUAGUAAAUGCAGAUUC